AUGGUGGAACCACCAUGGCAGCCAAAACAGGCAAGACUAGAGAAUAACAACACAGAUAGGAUCAGUGCUCUCCCGAACACUGUCUUAUGCUACAUAUUAUCCUUCGUUCCUACCAAAACCGCUGUGAGGACAAGUGUUUUGUCUCCACGGUGGCGCCACGUUUGGAAGGAUGUUAAGACCCUCCACUUCUCCGAUGACUCACAUGAAUUGUUUGACGAGACCGGGGAGUCCUUCAAACGUUUCUCUAUAUUCGUGAACAAUGUUUUCAACCUGCACAACGAUCCGCGUGACAUUCACGCGCUCCGCCUCUCUUGCGGCCACUCAAACAAUGAUCCUCUCAAUGCUAGCUCAGUUGCGGCGUGGGUACGCGCCGCGAUUGGGCCAAAUCUUGAAGAGUUUGACCUUACGCUCUUUUGUAAUGACGCGCGCGGUUUCGUGGUGCCACAUAACAUUCUCUCUUGCACCAAACUCAUCACGCUAUCCUUGAGCGGUGGUGUUCACUUGCUGCCGAAACAGCCUCUAACGGUUGAUUUGUUGUCUCUCAAGACACUUUCCUUGGACAUUGAUGAUGUUGAUUGGAUCGAUGGAAUUCUUAGUAAGUGUCCUCAGAUUGAAACCUUAAGCGCGUGCUUCACACUGAGGCAGCCGGUGAGGGUUUGCUUGCCACUAACACUGAAAAAGUUGAAAUUUGCGAUUAAGAAUCAAGUUGCGGCCGCGGUUGAGAUACACGCGCAGGGACUUACGUACAUUAGUAUCGCCCAUGCUGCUAGCCGUUUCAGUUACAGGGUUAGUGAAAUGAACAACGUAAGGGAAGUGAGUCUCAACAUGUAUGCUACGCAUGAGCCUAUUGAUGUUUUGAUCAAGAUUCUCAUUGCGGUACGCAGAACUGAGAUUCUAGCUCUUCAUCGUUUCACAACAAAGUGGUUGCUUCGUGCCCAAGUUCCAGUCUUUCCAGAGUUUCACCACUUGAUUCGUCUAGAGGUUGUUCUUCCGUGGUUCAAUUCAAGUUUCCUGAUGAGCUUGCUUAGCAAAUGUCACAAGCUUCAAGAACUGAAAAUCGAAAUUGAUGAGGAACUACCAAUUGUUUCACAAAGUUGGAUGAAACCAAGAAGAGAUCUUCCUUGCCUUGCAUCAUACUUGAGCUGUUUUCACUUUGUGGGAUACAGAGGAAUUCAUGAUGAGAGCAAAAUUGUUGGGUAUAUUCUAGAAAGAGGACUUCUUUUGAGUACAAUCAUUAUUGAACUUGAAAAAUCUUUGGAUGACGAUACAAAGAAUGAUGUCCUCAUGAAGUUGUUGGCCAUGCCAAGGGGCUCUCCAUUGUGUGAAAUUAACAUUUGCUAA